AGCCAGAUUCUCCACCCCUUCUUGACUUGUGCUUCCACGUGUCCAUCAUGGUGGACAGUCAAGAUAUCUUUAGGAAGCUAACUAGAGGAAUCAAGUUCAACAGAGACAAGCAGCCAUUGGAAUUAAGACCUAACAAGACAAAGGAGGAAUCUGACUCUCAUGAUCUGUACAGUAAAAGAAAGAGACUUGUCUCAAGUGCUUUGGACUUUUUUGGUGACACUGAAUCAGCCACUGAUGAUGUAAGGGAGGAACCGGAUGACACAGGAUCAGUUACAAUGUUACUAGGAAAGAGAUCAAGAAGUAAAGUAGAGAAAGAAGCUACAUUGAGUGAUUGUGAAGUGAAGAGCUCACUGACAUUCAGUGAUUAUGAAGAUACGUCAGUUCAACUCACUUCAAGCCAAUCGGUAUCAACAGACUCCAGGCCCAAAAAGAAAAAGAAAAGAAAAAGUAAAAUGUCUUCUGCUGCUUCACUGAGGAUGGAAGAGAUUAAUAGGUUUCGUAACUCCAAUAGGAUAUAUGUCAGUGGCUCUGAUGUACCUGAUCCGAUUAGAACAUUUAGUGAUUUAUCUGAACAGUACUCUAUUCCUCCUUAUCUAAUGAAGAAUAUUACAAGUCUUGGAUACAAUGAUCCAACUCCAGUACAGAUGCAGACAAUUCCUCUUCUCUUACAUAGUCAUGAAGUUCUAGUGUGUGCUCCUACCGGCUCUGGAAAAACAGCAGCCUUCCUAGUUCCCAUUCUAACUCUUUUAAAAUCUCCUCGCAGAGUUGGAUUUAGGGCCGUCAUUGUGUCCCCUACUAGAGAAUUGGCCCAACAGACAUACAGAGAGUGUGUUAGGCUAAGUUCUGGAUCAGGAUUCAGUAUUCAUGUAUUGACCAAAGCCACUGCUUCAGCUAACAGCUUUGGACCUCAAUCUAGCCUCAAGUUUGACAUUUUAGUUACUACUCCUAAUAGACUAGUCCACAUGCUGUCACUGGAUCCUCCUGGCAUAGUACUGGAUAAUGUAGAGUGGCUCAUAUUAGAUGAGUGCGAUAAAUUAUUUGAAGAUGGCGUAACUGGAUUUAAGGAUCAGAUUGAUGAGAUAUUCACUGCCUGUUCUAAUCCUAAUAUCAAGCGAGGCUUGUUCAGUGCCACAUUAGCCUCCGGCGUAGAAGAAUUCUCCCGAGCACACUUUGACAAUUUCGUUCGAGUGAUUAUUGGACUACAGAACUCUGCAACUGAGACUAUUAAGCAACAGCUUCUCUAUGUUGGCCAAGAGACUGGGAAGCUAUUGGCUAUGAGGGACAUCAUACAUAAAGGAUUCACUCCACCAGUGUUGGUGUUUGUUCAAAGCAUUGAAAGAGCAAAGGAGUUGUUUCACGAGUUGAUUUACGAUGGAAUGAAUGUUGAUGUGAUUCAUUCUGAGAGGACUCAGGCACAGAGAGAUAAUGUUAUCAAAAGCUUUAGGGAAGGAAAGAUUUGGAUACUUAUUUGUACUGACCUCAUGGGAAGAGGAAUUGACUUCAAGGGAGUCAAUCUAGUCAUUAAUUAUGAUUUCCCUCAAUCAUCUGUCAGUUAUAUACACAGAGUUGGAAGAACAGGGAGAGCUGGAAGAGUUGGGGAAGCUAUCACCUUUUUCACAGAAGAAGACACAGCUUAUGUUAGAAGUAUAGCUAACGUCAUGAAGAGCUCUGGCUGCCCUGUUCCUGAUUGGAUGCUUGAAAUGAGAAAUCCAUCCAAAAAUCAAAAGAAGGCUUUGUCACGAAAGCCAGUAAAGAGACGUAGCAUUAAAACAGUAUCAAAGUAUGAUUUGGAAAAAGCUAGAAUCAAAAGGCAAAAAUUUUCCAGAAAAACUACUUGAAAUGUUUCAUUGUAAAUUGUUAUAAAUUUCAAAAAGUUUUCAAUGCCUACAUUAGUUUCGCUAGCCAGACUCUAAUUUAUUUAUAAAUAAUUUUAUUAUUAUUUUUCUAAUAAUUCUAUAACUUUGUAAACAACAU